AUGGGUGUUGCCAUCUUGGUGCUCAUUUCCUUGAUCAUUGGUUUGGUGGGCAAAGCUUCAUAUGAAUGGAAGGCAUGUGUUCGAAAUGACUGCCCGGCACGACAGUCCACAACACUGGAAGAGAACCUGAGAAGUGUCCUGUCCACCAUGUCGGAACGGAAUCUACAGGAUCUGGACAUAUUAAUGAGACGGUUCCCAGAGCCCCCUACCGGCAAAAGAACAAUGUUUGUCACAGCAACAUCCAGCAACCACUUCUACGAGUCCCAGGCCCUGAUCCGGAACCUCCACAGGAAUGUCUUCCCUCUGAUUAAUAACUACACAUUUGUGCUCUAUGAUCUGGGACUGACGGCAUCUGAACGAAAGCAGAUGGAGAAACAUUGUCGUUGUGAAGUUCGGAGUUUUCCGUUGGAGUUCAUGCCUUCAAGCUUGCGGGAUCUUAAAUGCUACACAUGGAAACCGAUUAUUAUACAGAUGGCGCUCAUGUCCAAUGGUGGCACUGUGCGAUCUGAAUAUCUGUGCUAA